UAAGAAGAUUUUGACUCUGCUUUGAGCGGCCCUUCUUUCAUCAUGGGGGAGCUCUUCCGGAGCGAAGAAAUGACCCUUGCGCAGCUUUUCCUUCAGUCCGAAGCAGCAUACUGCUGCGUCAGCGAGUUGGGAGAACUUGGGAAGGUCCAGUUUCGGGAUCUAAAUCCUGAUGUGAACGUCUUCCAGCGUAAAUUUGUUAAUGAAGUCCGAAGGUGUGAAGAAAUGGACAGGAAACUCAGGUUUGUUGAGAAGGAGAUUAAAAAAGCCAACAUCCCCAUUGUGGACACUGGUGAGAAUCCGGAGGUGCCGUUUCCCCGAGACAUGAUUGACUUAGAGGCAAACUUUGAAAAAAUUGAAAAUGAACUCAAAGAAAUCAACACCAACCAGGAAGCCCUGAAAAGGAACUUCCUGGAGCUGACUGAGCUAAAAUUCAUCCUGCGCAAAACUCAGCAGUUUUUUGAUGAGGCUGAAUUGCAUCAUCAGCAGAUGGCGGAUCCUGACCUGUUGGAGGAGUCCUCGUCGCUGCUGGAGCCAAGCGAGGUGGGCAGAGGAGCGCCACUGCGGCUGGGAUUUGUGGCUGGUGUGAUCAGCCGGGAGCGGAUCCCGACAUUUGAGCGGAUGCUAUGGAGGGUGUGUCGUGGGAACGUCUUCUUGCGUCAGGCUGAAAUUGAAAAUCCUCUGGAGGACCCAGUGACGGGAGACUACGUGCACAAGUCGGUGUUCAUUAUUUUCUUCCAAGGUGACCAGCUGAAAAACAGAGUAAAGAAGAUCUGUGAAGGAUUCCGUGCUUCUCUGUACCCCUGUCCAGAAACGCCACAGGAAAGAAAGGAAAUGGCUGCCGGGGUCAACACCAGGAUCGAUGACCUUCAGAUGGUGCUGAAUCAAACCGAGGAUCACCGGCAGAGGGUCCUGCAGGCAGCCGCGAAGAACAUCCGUGUCUGGUUCAUAAAAGUGCGCAAGAUGAAGGCUAUCUACCACACCUUGAACCUCUGCAACAUCGAUGUGACCCAAAAAUGCCUCAUUGCCGAAGUCUGGUGUCCUGUUGGUGACCUCGACUCCAUCCAGUUUGCUCUCAGGCGCGGUACGGAACACAGCGGCUCCACCGUCCCCUCCAUCUUGAACCGGAUGCAGACCAACCAGACUCCUCCUACAUAUAACAAGACCAACAAGUUCACUGCUGGGUUUCAAAACAUUGUGGACGCCUAUGGCAUUGGCACCUACCGUGAGAUCAAUCCAGCUCCAUACACAAUCAUCACCUUCCCGUUCCUGUUCGCCGUGAUGUUUGGGGACUUCGGCCAUGGGAUUCUUAUGACUCUCUUUGCGGUGUGGAUGGUGGUCCGGGAAAGCCGCAUUCUGUCCCAAAAGAAUGAAAAUGAGAUGUUCACCACGAUUUUCAGCGGCCGCUACAUCAUUCUCCUGAUGGGCUCCUUUUCCAUUUAUACUGGCCUGAUCUACAAUGACUGCUUCUCAAAAUCUCUCAAUAUGUUUGGCUCGUCCUGGAGUGUCCGUCCGAUGUUCCAAGAAGGCAACUGGACAGAUCAGCUUCUCUUGGAAUCAUCUGUGCUUCAGCUGAAUCCUACCAUUGAGGGAGUUUUUGGGGGAGCCUACCCCUUUGGCAUCGACCCAAUCUGGAACAUUGCCGUCAACAAGCUGACCUUCCUCAACUCUUUCAAGAUGAAGAUGUCUGUCAUCCUAGGCGUCUUCCACAUGCUCUUUGGCGUCACGCUCAGUCUGCUCAACCACAUGUAUUUUAAGAAGCCUCUGAACAUCUUCCUUGGGUUCAUCCCCGAAAUGAUCUUUAUGUGCUCACUUUUUGGCUAUUUGGUCAUCCUUAUCUUCUAUAAAUGGUUGGCAUACGAUGCAAAGAUCUCCAGGGAAACGCCAAGCCUCCUCAUCCACUUCAUCAACAUGUUUCUCUUCUCCUACGACCCCAAAGGCACAGCGCUAUAUAGGGGCCAAAAAGGUCUCCAGUGCUUCCUGGUAGUGGUAGCCAUGCUGUGUGUUCCGUGGAUGCUGGUCGCCAAACCCCUGGUCCUCCGCCGUCAGUACCUGUGGAAAAAACACUUGGAAGGGCAGCCCGAGGAACCCCCUGUCAGCCCAGCCCAGAGCCCGCAGGCAGUAGAAGCAGCAGCGGCUGCAACAGGGACUAUGAAUUUUGGUGGGAUCCGUGUGGGCAAUGGACCAACUGAAGAAGACGCUGAGAUUAUCCAGCAUGACCAGCUCUCCACCCAUUCGGAGGAGGCGGAGGAGUUUGACUUCGGGGACACGGUCAUUUGCCAAGCCAUCCACACCAUUGAAUACUGCCUGGGAUGCAUCUCCAACACAGCCUCCUACCUGCGCCUCUGGGCGCUCAGCCUGGCUCAUGCACAGCUCUCUGAGGUCCUUUGGGGCAUGGUGAUCCACAUGGGACUCCACAUCAGGAGCUUGGCCGGAGGACUUGCCUUGUUCUUCGUCUUUGCUGCUUUUGCUACCCUGACAGUGGCCAUCUUGCUGAUCAUGGAGGGCCUUUCUGCUUUCCUGCACGCCCUCCGCUUGCACUGGGUGGAAUUCCAGAACAAGUUCUACACCGGCACUGGGUUCAAGUUCCUCCCUUUCUCGUUUGACAGUAUCUGUGAUGGGAGGUUUGACGACUAGCC